UUCAGUGGGGAUUCUAGUUUAGAUCACACACACUGUAGCUCAUGAGUGGAGACAGCAGUGAGGAGGAGGGAAGGCUAGUGCAACCCCUUAGGAUCACACGGAGAACCGCUCUUAGUCAACCAAUCACUUUCCAGGAGUUAGCUCCUGGGGAGGAAAGGAGACUACGAAGAGAAGCAAGGGAGAGGGUAGCAGCGAGGAGGAUUAGGGACGCAACAGCCAGCUUAGCGGCUGCGAUGGCUACCGCCGCCUCUACGUCACAAACCUCUUCCCAAUCUUCUUCGUCGGGAGCAGGGCAGGGUGGAUCGGGUGCAGUUAGUCAGUCUGCUGAUUUGCAAGUCACGCACCAGAGUCCACUCACACCGGAGGAUUUAGAAAUCCAACAGGCAGAAGAACUUCAGGAUGAGCUUCAGCGGCAUAUGGACGAAGCAGCAGAGAGAAGAAGAAAAGCAAUACUCAGAAAAGCUAGACAAGGGAGUAGAGUGCAGGAGCUAGGCAGGCUGGAAGGACUAGACGAGGCGGCGUUAGAUCCUGCUGUCCGUGUGCUGCGUAGUGCCUUGCUAUCAGUGGCAGAAGCGCAGAAUGUCCAGCAGGAAUUGCUGACCGAAUUGGUAGCAGGCCAGAAACAAAUCCUGGCUGAACUUCGGGCUCCUCGUACGAUGAUGAGGCAGCCACAAUUUGCUGUAGUUCCCCCUGCGGGUGCGGGUCCUUCAUCGAUGCCACAACCCACAAGGCCAACUUUCUCUCCUAUGUUUGGCAUGCCCCCUCCAGGUGGUUUAGUAGCAACUAGUGGUCCGGUUCAUAGUGUCUCAGCCGUACCAUCUACGACAGUGGUCACUACAGUCCCACUAUCAAGGCAGGCCCAGGUUAGUGUGCAACAGCCUGUUUCAGUGGCUAUGCAGCCGCUGCAGCAAGCCUUUGGGCCCAUGCAGCCUAUGCAGUGGAUGCCUAAGAUACCUUUGAUGAGUCCCAAACCCUUCUCUGGUGAUAGGAAGAAGGAUGGGGACUUAGACACCUGGGCGAGGACUGUGCCUACUUAUGUGAGGCACAAGCUCACCAGGCCAGAGCAGGAAGUAGUGGCUGCCUCCUUUUUAGAGGGGUCAGCAGCCCGCUGGUUGAAUGGCUUAGUGCAGCAGCAGGCCUACGGUCAAAACUUCGAUGCCUGGGCACAGGCCCAGACAUUGGAAGAGUUCGUACGGUCCGUGUAUAACAGGUGGCAUGACCCUCAAGGGGCUCAGAAGGCCUCCGAUGCUAUCAACAGUCUUUGUUCCCGCAGGUUCAAGAAUGCUAGAGAGCAAACGGACACCGUAGAACGUCUACUCGUGGUACCUGGUGUGCGUUUUGACCAGCAGGUUCUCCUGACGGAUUACCUAAGGUGCCUUCCUGCAAAGGUAAGGACCAAGCUGGUUGAUGAGGCCUAUGUCGAACAGCACACCUUCGCUACUUUUAGUAAGAAAGCUCUGGACAUAGAGGCGAAGCUGGGAUCCGCGCAUCAGGUAUCUCAUGAUGGUAGGAAGAGACUCCCCCAGGACUGCAAGAAGAAGGGUCAGUUGAUGUUCGUUGACCACGAUGGUCAAAAGACGGAGAUUGACGAUUUCCCAGACCUCGGGGAGUUGACAAAGCAGGAUGGGGCCAGCGAGACUUCGGAUGGGGGAGUCGUGGCACCCAUCAAGGAAAAGGCUAGGUGGACUGGGAAGAAGAAGGUAGUACGGUCCACGGGUCAGGGCGACCAAGGGACACCCGCAUGGGUGAAGAUUGGUUUAGAUUACGUGUGCUUCUGCGAGCACUUCGCAGGGAAACUCCUCGGGCCAGUAGGAGUGUUAGCCGCUCUUACUUGCACUGAAGUGGUUACGUUGCCUUCCCGAUUUCAGGCAUUGGCCAAGGCUAGAGACCCAUACAUCGCCCCGCAGACACAUUCAGACCCACCGACGCUCUGUUCGAGAGAUGUGUUUGAGGCCCUAGAAGAGUUAGAUACUAAGUGGUCAAGGAAGGACCCCAGGGACUCUUGGGCGAUGAUCAGUAGAGGUCCAAAGGGUGAACAUUUCGUGGUAGAGGAUGAUGUAGGUGGCCGCAAAUACAUAGGCUCUACAUGGAACUUCAUCAGUCGUGCUUAUGUGGAUAGAUUGCGCUUAGGGGACCAAGUGCAGCGGCUUAGGAGAACUGUAGCUUCUACGUUAGCCAACAAGCAACAAAUGGUAGUAAAGGAUUAUGUCAAGGACAUAGUCUGCACAUUCUCCUAUGGAGGAGGGGAAGUCAGCCAUAAGAUCUCCUUCCUGGUUAGCGACAAACUGCCCUUUGAUAUGCUUUUAGGCAUGUACUACCUCGAGGUUUCUCAACCUCAGUUUGAUUGGGAUAGAAAGGUGUUGAUACACAAGCUUCCAAACAGUAGGACCGUUAGGCUGCAAAAGUAUAAAGCUAACAGUCUAGUGGAAAACUACGGUUGCAUGUGUGCCUCCUCUUUCUAUAACUACUAUAAACACAAUCGCGAGGAGGGCAUGUAUCUAGUAUUUGUCUCUGAGAAAGGGGAGGCAGUUAAAACACCCCCAGAGAUGGACUCAGUCGUCGCACAAUAUUCAGACCUUUUUGAGGAGCCUAUAGGCGUGGUAGAAAGGGAGGUUGUCCAUGCAAUAGAGGUUGUCCCAGGUAGUAGGGUGCCUAGAGGACGAAUCUAUAGGAUGUCUCCUGCAGAGUUGGACGAGCUCCGCCGCCAGCCCAAGGAGCUCACAGAGAAGGGAUGGAUUCGGCCUAGUACCUCCCCUUACGGCGCUCCAGUACUAUUCGUACCUAAGAAGGGAGGUACCCUGAGGAUGUGCAUUGACUAUAGGGGUCUCAAUGCCAUCACUGUUAAAAAUGCAGAGCCCCUACCCCGCAUCGAAUACCAUCAAAUUGCUAUUAGACCUGAGGAUCAACACAACACCGCAUUUCAGACCAGGUAUGGUCUGUACGAGUUUGUUGUGAUGCCCUUUGGCCUAUGCAAUGCUCCUGGUACGUCCCAGCACGCAAUGAACAUGAUUUUUCAUGAUUACUUAGAUAAGUUUAUCGUCGUGUACCUCGAUGAUAUCCUCAUCUUCAGUAAGACUGCAGAGGAGCAUGCUGAGCACCUAAAUACAGUGCUACGUCUCCUAAGGCAGCACCAGUACAAGAUAAACUUGGAGAAAUGCGAGUCUGGUCGCACCAAGAUCUUGUACCUGGGUCAUGAGAUUUCAGCAGAUGGGUUGAGGCUGGAAGAUGCAAAGGUGGCCAGCAUACGUGACUGGCCCAGAUCUCAUACUGUUACUGAGGUCAGAUCGUUCUUGGGGAUGACAGGCUAUUAUCGUCCUUUUGUGAAAAACUAUAGUACGGUAGCCUCCCCAUUAACAGAUCUAACUCGACUCGACACCCCUUGGGAGUGGACUGAAGAGUGUGAGGCAAGCUUCAAGAAAUUGAAGUAUGCUCUAACACACUAUGAAGUUCUCAAGCUUCCAGAUCCUGACAAGCCGUUUGUUGUGACCACAGACGCCAACCAAUAUGGCAUAGGCGCGGUCCUUGCGCAACAGGAUGGGCCAAAGUUGAGACCGGUCGAGUACAUGAGUAAAAAGAUGCCUUCUCAGAUUUUAGCUAAGUCCACAUAUGAGAGAGAGCUCUACGCCCUGUACAGAGCGCUAGUUCAUUGGAGGCACUACCUCCUAGGAAGAUUCUUCUAUGUAAGGUCUGACCAUGAAACUUUGCGCUAUCUGACGCACUCAAAAGAUGGAUUCAAGUGAUAGACAUGUAUCCGACGAACUCACUCGAUCGCUGGUGGAAGCCUAUCAGGGAGAUCCAGUUAUGUUAGAAAUCAUCCGUAGAUUCCAAGCAAAGGACAAAACGACUUUGGACGAAUCCACGAUGGUAGAUGCCCUCUAUGAUGGAAGAUGCAAACGCUAUGUUGAAACCUGCCAGGUUUGCCAAAGGGACAAACCAAGGACUCAGGCUCCGCUUGGGCUGAUCAAGCCCUUGCCGAUUCCUGAAGGACCAGGCCAAAGUGUGUCCAUGGAUUUCAUGGAUUCCCUGGUGACCAGCAGGUAUGGAAGAAGACACAUCUUUGUUAUAGUGGUUCGCUUUACUAAGUAUGCAAGACUAAUCG